UUUAAAUUUUAUAUUUAGAUUUCAAAAUAAUUGUGUUGAGUAUUUUAUGGUUCAUAAAAAACGGAAAGGGGAGCAGAAUAAAAAAUAAAUAAAAGUUUGGUUACAUUACCCUAGCACUGACAUUGGUACGAGAAUUUUUGCUGCAAUAAGAAAGCCACUUCCUCUGACAUAAGGUCACCCACACUUCCUCUUAGUUUGUGUGGCUAGACUGCCACAUUCUCUUAGCUCAUCAUGGCUGGGCUGGCUGGGGAGGUCAGGACUCCAGACGCUCACACUAAAAGAGGGGUGGGAGUCCAGGAGUCACUCCACUCCUCUGCAGGGAGUUGACCGCGAGUGGGUGCGCAGGAAGGUGUGCCCGGAUCCGUGAAGCACCUAGGGCCGCUGUACGAAGACGCCGCAGCGUGAGCGCCCGGGCGACUCUCUCGGUUGAGGCUCUCCUUCCUGCUGGGUUGCUCUUCCUUCUACCCCGAAGCGCGCACGCCCUACAGAGUCAAACCUGGCGCACCCUCAAGCCUCCAGGGGGCGACGUGACCGAGCCCCGCAUCACGUGUGCAGGGACGGCCUAUAGAGCCCGAAGGACGAAGGCCCGGCUGCGCCACGGACAAGAGCCGCAUUUGUCCAGCUCUUGCUCCGCCCUGGCCUGGCCCCGCGUCCGCCCUCGCGCCCGCCCCGCCCCAGAGGUCGGCCUCCCACGGCCCCGCCCCUGUCCCGCCCCAGUCCCCGCCCCUCGCGCCUCCGCUUAUUCCUCCGUGCGCUGGGAAGCGGCUCUUUCUACUCGGUUGCUUGAUUUUCGAGCGGCGCCCCCUCAUCACCGCCGCCGCCAUGCCUGGAGGUCUGCUUCUCGGGGACGUGGCUCCCAACUUUGAGGCCAAUACCACCGUCGGCCCCAUCCGUUUCCACGACUUUCUGGGAGACUCAUGGGGCAUUCUCUUCUCCCACCCUCGGGACUUUACCCCAGUGUGUACCACAGAGCUUGGCAGAGCUGCAAAGUUGGCACCAGAAUUUGCCAAGAGGAAUGUUAAAUUAAUUGCCCUUUCAAUAGACAGUGUCGAGGACCAUCUUGCCUGGAGCAAGGAUAUCAAUGCUUACAAUGGUGAAGAGCCCACAGAAAAACUACCUUUUCCCAUCAUUGAUGAUAAGAAUCGGGACCUUGCCAUCCUGUUGGGCAUGCUGGAUCCAGCAGAGAAGGAUGAAAAGGGCAUGCCUGUGACAGCUCGUGUGGUAUUUGUUUUUGGUCCUGAUAAGAAGCUGAAGCUGUCUAUCCUCUACCCAGCUACCACUGGCAGGAACUUUGAUGAGAUUCUCAGAGUAGUCAUCUCUCUCCAGCUGACAGCAGAAAAGAGAGUUGCCACCCCAGUUGAUUGGAAGGAUGGGGAUAGUGUGAUGGUCCUUCCAACCAUCCCUGAAGAAGAAGCCAAAAAACUUUUCCCAAAAGGAGUCUUCACCAAAGAGCUCCCAUCUGGCAAGAAAUACCUCCGCUACACACCCCAGCCUUAACACUCUUGGAGAAGUUGGUGCUGUGAGCCAGAGGAUGUCAGCUGCCAGUAAUGUUUUCCUGCAGCACUUCCAUGAAAACAUCCUGGUGUCAUCACAGCCCGGGUUUUUAGGUUGCUAUUCUAUUGGUUUAUUAAAUGAAAAUGGCACUGAAAGUUUCUUGGGAUUCUUUACUCUCUGCCUUCACCAGCACUAAAUUCUGUUCAUACAUCAGCUCUCUCUUGGUUAUCUUUGAAAUACGCUCUGUAUUUAAAACUCAAAUCUUGUUGGAUCUCUGCGGGGCUUGUGAUCAGUGAGGUCAUAUUGGUUGAUGGUUGAGAAAACUUGCUUCACUCAAUCAGAGAAUGACUACCAAUUUUUUUUAACUGUCCCUGUCACAUCCUCUCAUUUGUUACCCAUUUUGAAGAGCAGCAGAACUUGAGUUUCAACAUCCUCUGUAAACAUACAAGUACGUAACCCAGAUAGUCUUCAGUAUCUGUUUUGAUCACAGCAGGGUGAAAAAAGCUUUUUAAUUCUGUACCUUUCCAGCAGAUAACUUAAGAGCAGGGGAAGAGACCUUUAAAUAUUUUCCUCUAAAAGAAAUUGUGAUCAGUUUCUAUCAAAAUGGGGAGACUGCAGAAAAGCCUUCCCUUGGCUUCCAAGGAGGUGUAGCAGGUGUGAGCAAUGCUAGUGCCAUGUGCCUUUCACACAGGGUUUGCAUUUACCAGUCCGCUUUCUGAUGAUGUGUAUGUGAAAGAGUACACCAUGUGAAGAGGAGAAAAUGAUUGAAAAUGUUUAUUAUAGAACUCUUCUUGCAGUGAGUUGCUAUUUUCUGGAUUUUACUUUUUAGGGAACAACAAAUAAAAUCCUUUGUUAAAACUGG